AUGCUCGAGAUCAUGGAUACAGCUGGAACCGAACAAUUCACUUCCAUGAGAGAGUUCUACAUGCGGGACGCCCAUGGUUUCCUCCUCGUCUUCAGCAUAACGUCCAUGUCCUCUCUACACGAACUGGCCGAGCUAAGAGAACAGAUCGUUCAGAUCAAGGGUGGAGAUCCACAGGUGCCGAUUGUGUUGGUCGGGAACAAGAGUGAUCUAGAAGAAGACCGGGUUGUGAGCAGGAGUAAAGCUUUCCAGGUCUCGCAGGCGUGGGGAAAUGUGCCAUACUACGAGACUUCUGCCCGACGGCGACAGAACGUCGGCGAGGUGUUUGUGGACGUCUGUCGGCAGAUCAUCAGGAAAGAUAUGAAUGCUCGACAGCGACGGCAAGGUGGUGGUGGCUCUGGAGGGGGGCCAUCGGGUAUGGAGAGGUAUGGCGGUGGUGAUAGAAGUUCGAGAAGGAAGAAGAAGAGGCGGGAUUACGAUGACUACAAUCACAGGGAAAGACGGAGUCGGUCUAGUUUGGACAAAACGGGAUCUGUUUUGGGCUACACCAUGGAUCAGUGGAUAUACGUACGUUAUAAGUGGUACGCGGAAAUGGCUGAUUUCUACAAAAUCGAAGCAUGGCCUUGGGGCGAAAUCGCGCAUCCUACUCACACCAAGGAACAUGCAUCUGGUGAGAGGAGAUGA